CUGUGUCAACAAUGAAACUGACGUAAGCUUUACCUAUGGCCAAUAAAAUCAGCAUAUUAUCUAUACUACACACUAUAUAUUAUACAUAGUCAGAGACGCCAUCUUUGCCUCUACUUUGUGCGAAAAAUCUCAGGAUAUUAUUUUUCUCCGUAACUUAAUUUGGUUUUGCUUACCAAAUUAAUAGCGAGAUUAUUGCUACGUGAGGGUCGAUCGAAGUUCGUAUCAUGGGACGGUGUUUAUCACGUAGUUUUGCUUUUCUACUUGUUUCUGCUCUCUGUGUCUUCAGCUGCUUUGUCGAUGUUGCAGAAGCUCAAGCUGCAAACGCUACUACAGAUCCUAAUGAAGCAAGAGCUCUGAAUUCAAUCUUCAGCACGUGGGAUAUUGAGGCAGACACAACUCAAUGGAAUGUAAGCGGUGAUGUAUGCAGUGGAAGAGCCGUUGAUCUCACUACUACCAUUGAUGACGGCACUUACAACCCAUUCAUCAAGUGCGAUUGUUCCUAUGACAAUAGAACUACUUGUCACAUCACAGCACUGAAGGUUUAUGCAUUAGACGUGGUUGGUGAAAUUCCUGAAGAGCUAUGGACUCUAACUUAUCUCACCAAUUUGAAACUUGACCAGAAUUACCUGACAGGUUCUCUAUCUCCAGCUAUUGGGAAUCUAACUCGAAUGCAAUACAUGAGUUUCGGCAUCAACAAUUUAUCAGGGAACCUUCCAAAGGAAUUGGGAAAUCUUACUGAGUUAAGAUCAUUGAGUUUUUCUUCAAACAACUUCUCUGGAUCUCUUCCACCUGAACUUGGGAAACUGACAAAGUUAGAACAACUCUACUUUGAUAGUUCAGGAAAUAGUGGUCCAAUUCCUUCCACUUUUGCAAGCCUGAAGAAUUUGGCGAUAGUUUGGGCUUCAGACACAGAACUCACGGGUAGAAUCCCAGAUUUCAUUGGGAAUUGGUCUAAGCUUCAAACCUUGAGGUUUCAGGGGAACUCCUUCAUUGGCUCAAUACCCUCAUCAUUUUCCAAUUUGACAUCUAUGUCAGAAUUGAGAAUAAGUGGUUUAUCUAAUGGGAGCGCCUCACUGGAAUUUGUAAGGAAUAUGAAAUCUUUGAUUAUUUUAGAACUAAAGAAUAACAAUAUUUCUGGUUCAAUUCCAUCCACCUUUGGAGAAUUUCUCAAUUUGACCCAAUUGGAUUUAAGCUUCAAUAACAUCACAGGACAAAUACCAGGACCAAUUUUCAAUCUGAGCUUGCUCCAAUACUUGUUUCUUGGAAAUAACAAACUUAAUGGCACUCUUCCUGGGCAGAAAAGUUCUUCUCUUCUGAAUAUAGACUUGUCAUACAAUGAUCUAUCAGGUAGCCUUCCCUCUUGGGUAAAUCAACCAAAUUUACAACUGAAUUUAGUUGCCAACAACUUGACAAUUGAUAGUUCAAGUAGCAGUGGCUUGCCCACAGGACUCAACUGUCUCCAAAAAAAUUUUCCUUGUAAUAGUGGUGUUGGUAGAUAUUCUGACUUUUCAAUAAAGUGUGGUGGUCCCCGAAUUACCUCGGCAGAUCAAACUAUGUAUGAAAUGGACAAUGCAACACUUGGUCCUGCUACAUACUUUGUUACUGAUACAGAUAGAUGGGCUGUUAGUAACAUUGGAUUAUUUACUGGGAGCAAUAAUCCUGUAUACAAAAGUUUUGUUUCUAAUCAGUUCACUGGUACUGUGAACCCAGAGCUUUUCCAAACAGCAAGACUCUCUGCUUCAUCAUUACGAUAUUUUGGUCUGGGGCUGGAAAAUGGUUUUUACAACAUCACCCUCCAAUUUGCAGAAACAGCUAUUCUGGAUACUCCCACAUGGAAAAGCCUUGGGAGACGGGUCUUUGAUAUUUAUAUUCAGGGAACUCGUGUUCUCAAGGAUUUUGAUAUACAAAAGGAAGCUGGGGGUUUCUCUUACAGAGCUGUGCAAAAGCAAUUUAGGUUUGAAGUGUCAGAAAACUAUCUUGAGAUCCAUCUCUUUUGGGCUGGAAAAGGGACUUGCUGUAUACCAGCUCAGGGUACUUAUGGGCCCUUGAUUCAAGCCAUCAGUGCUGUCGCAGACUUCAUACCUUCAGUUAGUAACAAUCCUCCAAGCAGUAAAAAGAAUAGAACCGGUCUAAUCAUUGGAGUUGUUGUUGGAGUUGGAGUAGUAAGCUUUCUAUCAGUUUUUGCAAUUUUCUGUAUUAUUCAGAAAAGAAAACGCGAGGCAGAUGAUGAAGAACUUUUAGGAAUUGAUACAAAGCCAUACACUUUCAGCUAUUCUGAGCUAAAGAAUGCUACAAAUGACUUUAAUCUUGAAAAUAAGCUUGGAGAGGGAGGUUUUGGACCUGUUUAUAAGGGGACACUGAAUGAUGGAAGAGUAAUUGCUGUGAAACAACUAUCAGUGGGAUCCCAUCAAGGAAAGAGCCAGUUUAUAACUGAGAUUGCUACUAUAUCAGCUGUGCAACAUCGUAAUCUUGUCAAAUUAUAUGGAUGUUGCAUUGAGGGGAGUAAAAGACUUCUAGUCUAUGAGUAUCUAGAAAAUAAGAGUGUAGAUCAAGCAUUAUUUGGAAAUUGCUUAACCCUCAAUUGGUCCAUGCGCUAUGAUAUAUGCUUGGGUGUUGCUAGAGGAUUAACUUAUUUACAUGAAGAGUCACGGCUCCGUAUUGUACACCGUGAUGUAAAGGCUAGUAAUAUACUGCUUGAUUCUGUGCUUAUCCCAAAAAUAUCUGAUUUUGGGUUGGCCAAAUUAUAUGAUGAAAACAAGACCCAUAUAAGCACCCGUGUGGCUGGGACAAUUGGAUAUCUUGCACCGGAGUAUGCAAUGCGUGGACACCUUACAGAGAAAGCAGAUGUUUUUUCCUUUGGUGUUGUCGCUCUAGAGUUAGUUAGUGGGAGGCCAAAUUCUGAUUCAAGUUUAGAAGGAGAAAAGGUGUAUCUUCUGGAAUGGGCUUGGCAACUUCAUGAAAACAACCGCAUAACUGAUCUGGUAGAUCCUAGACUUUCAGAAUUCAACCAGGAAGAAUUAAAACGCAUAGUAGGAAUAGCGCUUUUGUGCACACAAACAUCACCAGCUUUAAGGCCAUCAAUGUCGCGUGUGGUGGCAAUGCUUUCAGGAGAUAUUGAAGUGAGCAAUGUAACUACGAAGCCCGGAUAUCUGACUGAUUGGAAAUUUGAUGACGUGACAAGCUUGAUGACUGAUAUUGCAAUCAAAGGAUCAUCCAAUACAAGUUACCCGAAUUCAUCAGCAAGUACCAGCACAGUGGGUGGUGCAUACCAUUCACCAAUAGAUGCUUCUAAACCCAUCCUCGAUGAGAUUCUUAAGGAGGGUAGGUAAGAAUUAUUUUACUCUCGAGUGUUCAAGUCAAUUGUACAAGGAUUAUGGAAAUUUGCACCAAAACUGUUUUCCUUCGUUGUAUUAUUGUAUAUGCUACCUUAAUUUGUAAUGUAAAUAAUAAUUAAAGUGAUUGGGAAUGUACAACAAUGAUAAGGUCUUGGUGCCAUGAAAUGUUAUCAUUCAAAUUGGAUUUAGAUGACGUGAUGUGUGUGAUAGACUGGAAAGCACAGUUUCAUUUAUUCAAGAAAACAAAAAUUCAGAAGAAAGGCCCCUUGCUUGAUUCCAUUCUCUUUCGCCUUCCAAUCUGCAUCCAUCCGGAUAGAGCACUCUUAAAGAUGGUACAGAUAAGGUUAGGAGAACAAGUCUUUAGGGAAGCAGCAUGUCAAAUCAACUAAAGGAUUGUUCUCUUUUAGGUGUAGCAGUCCAAAAAGCAAUACUACUUUUAACCUUCUUUGUAGUAUCUUCAAGAAGAUUUAAAUCAUCUUUAGCAAUUAAAU